AUGGACCUCUCCAUAUCUGCUCUUAAGGAUCACUAUGCCAAUAUCGAAUUUUCUGUAAAGAAGAGUCAUCUCCACAUUUGUCUGUACAACGCUGACGAAAAUGUUGGAAGUGGAACGCCGGAGGGCUUGUCGAGCUGUCAUAUUGUCUCUCCAGCCGUAUCCCGAGGCAACGGUGGCGGCUGUCUCACCGAUCUCUCCUCUUCCUCUCCUGGAGGAGUGGCUUCAACGCGUCUUAACGUCGCUCCUGUGGGAAAUGUGUCUGGUGGUACCGCCGUCGGUGGCAGCGGAAGCCUUACGGGUGGAGGACUCUCCGUUUUGUCGACGCGAAGAACGCGCCGCGGGCCCACUGGGGCAGGACGCCGGACCUCAGGCUCUUUCAGUCAGUCUGGUGCGAUGAUGAUGAUGACGGGAGUAAUGGGUGGGCUCAAUUUUCAGCUGCCGCAGUUGGACAGCAUCCAGCGCUCACAGAAGAUCCUAGACAUGCGUCUACAGAAUCUACAGGUAUGCAUUCCCUGA